ACGCCGGUCCCCAGCAUGGCGGCUUCUCGGCCCUCUGGGCCGGUUGCUUCUGAGACUGCUGCUGCUCGGCUCCUGGCUGUACUGUGGGUCGUGUCAGUAACCACGGGACCUUGGGGAGCUGCCGCCGGCGGUGGCGAAGAGUCACUUAAGUGCGAGGACCUCAGAGUGGGACAAUAUAUUUGUAAAGAUCCAAAAAUAAAUGAUGCUACACAAGAACCAGUUAACUGUACAAACUACACAGCUCAUGUUCCAUGUUUUCCAGCACCUAACAUAACUUGUAAGGAUUCUGGUGGCAAUGAAACACAUUUUACUGGAAACGAAAUUGGUUUUCUCAAGCCCAUAUCUUGCCGAAAUGUAAAUGGCUAUUCAUACAAGGUGGCGGUUGCACUGUCUCUUUUUCUUGGAUGGUUGGGAGCAGAUCGAUUUUACCUUGGAUACCCUGCCUUGGGUUUGUUAAAGUUUUGCACUGUAGGAUUUUGUGGAAUUGGGAGCCUAAUUGAUUUCAUUCUUAUUUCAAUGCAGAUUGUUGGACCUUCAGAUGGAAGUAGUUACAUUAUAGAUUAUUAUGGAACCAGACUUACAAGACUGAGUAUUACCAAUGAGACAUUUAGAAAAACGCAGUUAUAUCCAUGAAUAUUGUUUAAAAGAAACAGAUUUGGGCCUCCUUGAUUUUAAUAGAGAACUCUCAGUGUGUAGAUUUCCAGAUUUUCCUUUUUCCAUCUUCAUAUACCACUUUACAGAUUCUGUUUAAUUUUUUGUUGUUGCUGGUGUUUUUGUCUUGUUUUCUCAGUUAAAAACAUUAUUCUGAGAUUUAUUUAAUAGAACUUUGAGAUUUAUAUGAUAAUAGUCUUUCUUAGGCUGCUGUCUCCAUGAGAUAGAUAGCUUAUUACUCUGAUAUUAAUGUGUUUUCCAAAGGCAAGUUGCCACUUGUCCUUUUCGCUUCUGAAAAAUGAAAGUAUGACUUAUUCACA